UUUUUGACUGUGAUAUAAAAGAUUGGCGUUCAACUGAUUAGCAUUUAGUUGAUUUGUGCUUGUCAAUUGGACCAGUUCGGUUGUGUUGAAAAUUGUGACGCCUACGUCUUUACUUAAAAUUUAUUUGUGCUGUGGAAAAAAUGCGCGCUCUUAUUACACUCUGCUUGCUCGUUUCGGCGUACGCGAAGCCACAGGGCUACAGCUACCAGAACCAACAAAGCAGCUACCAGAAUCAGCAGAACAGCUUUCAAAUCAAAUUGCCUGGCAUAAGCAGCACUUCAAGCGCACAACAACAACAACAGCACAGCUCUAGCGCACCGCAAACACCCGGUUUCCUACAACAAGCGCUAGAAAAUGCCAAACUAACGCAAUCGCUUAUCAGCGCACCAGUACCAGCGCCAGCGCCCAGCGUUGCCACACAAAAUAACUACUAUCAGAACGCACCACUACAACAAGUGCCACAAUUUCAGUCUAACUUUCAACCCAGUCAUGGACCGCUGCAACAGCCCGCCACAUUUGCUACAUACCCACAACAACAAUAUCAACAAGGCGGUGGCAGCUUUGGACCAGCGCCAUCAUCGCUAGUCACCAAGGACAUCUAUGUGCAUGUUGCUCCCGAAGAGCACGAGGAACACUACCAACGACCAGUGUUGCCACCACCACCACCACGCAAGCACUACCGCAUCGUUUUCAUUAAGGCGCCAUCGCCAAAACCGAGCGCCGCAGCAUUGCGUAUCAAUCAAGCGCCCACCGAGGAGAAGACCAUUAUUUAUGUGCUCACACGCAAACCGGACCCACUCGACUUGGAGGCGGCCUACCAAGAGGCAGCGCCCAAACAGCCCAGCAAACCGGAAGUCUACUUCAUCAAGUAUCGCACACAAGAGGAAGCACAACAUGCACAACGCACCAUCCAAGAGCAAUACGAUCAAUUAGGUGGCACCACACAGGUCUCCGACGAGGGCAUCGCACCGGUAACCUCAGUGAUAGGCUCGCUGGAUCCACGUGGCGCAGGCGCAGGCGGUAGCAUCAGCAGUUCCAGCGCAUCGAGUAGCAGCAGCAGCAGCGCUAGCAGCAGUGCCAGCAGUAGCAGCAGUGAAGGAGGCAGUUUAGGCAAAUAUUUGCCCCCAAUUACAGGACUUUAAAUUUAGUUAAUUAAAUUUUUUUAGCGAUAUUAAAUUAAUCGACUGAAAGCGAUUUUAUGGCACAACAAAAGAAAACAAUGACUCACAAAAACAAAAUACACGCACACAAACACAAAAAACCCACAAGAAAAUAACACACACACACAAAUAUACAACAUUACAAACACACUCGUUUAUAUUCGCUCGAUUAUAUCCGCUUGCAUUGCCGCAUGCAGGCGAAUCAAAUCAGAGUUGAUUUUCGUUAUUUUUGCCUAUUUUGAUGAUAAAGUCUGUUAAUUAAUUUUGUUGUUAUUGUUAAACUUCUUGUAUCUGUGUCAUUAUGCUUAUAAAUGCUCUGAACACAAUGCAACCAUUGUUGUUGUUGUCUAAUUUGUUAAUUGAUAUUUUUGGCAAAAUAUUCUUUUGUUGAUUUAUUUAUUUAGUUUUCGUUUUCUUAUUAAAUUUUUGUUAUUUACUGUUAAUUUAAUUUGUAUCAUUAUGCCUUUAUAUACGAGUAUACUCAUAUAUAAUAAAUGAUCGUGUCUCUGCUGCUGCAGCCGGCCAUCCGCCGCUAGUCGAUCGGCAAGGCUCGAAGCGAUGAAUGCCAACUAAAUUAUAAAGAAACGUAUCUAUACAAAUUUAGUUGUAAGUUGUUAUGUAAUAAAUAUGCAUUUUGCCAUUUUUUCUACUAUUUUCGGUAGAUAUGUGUGUAAAAUAGAAAAGCCGUCGUCACGCAGCGCCUUAUUGUGCAUAAAUAAUAUAUAAUUAUAUUUUUAUAUUUUGUAAAAAAAAGUCCAAACCGGUUUAAUUGUUUGCCUUCAAAUUUGAUAUGUCAUAAUUUAUUUUCUAACGCCGAAUUUCGACACGGAGAAAUUAGCAUGGUGUUGAGUAAGCGCGAACGAAGGAGAGGCGUUAGCGAAAAUGUCGAAAUGUCAAUGUUUUGAAACCUUUAUCAUUAUAAAACAAAAAAACAACAAUACAAUACAACAAUAUGACAAUAAAAAAGUAGCAACAGAUUGAAAUGAGUUUAGUUUAAAAGAGAAACAAGAAGAGAAGAAGAAAUUGUCCAAAUACGAGAGCACGAACUGACCUGUCUUAAGACGAUGCCGCAGUUAACAAUGGGUGCGUGCAUAUAUAUAUGAGCAGAGGAAGCUCGUGAUUUGCAGCAGCAUUACAAAUUUUAUUGAAUUGUAAUAAGUGUUAACUUUUAACUGACUUUUCGUUUAAUUAAUUUUUAGAAAAUUAAAAAAGGUCUCAUAAAAGUAACAGUAAAAAGAGUAGCAUUAAACUGAGCUUUUACUUUUUCAAUAAAGUGUCAAUAAAAGCAAUAUACAUAUUAAGCUGCGUAAAGCACUAUCAAAAUAAACUAUCUUUAAAUUAUCCACAAGGAUGUUAUUGUAGAUUUACGUGUGGAUCAGUUCAACAAAUUCAUGAUGGAUGUAAGAAAUUGCAUAUUCCGUAAACUAUAAACUCUUAUGAAGUUCGAUGCAAGACUUUGCAUUAAUAUAAUCAAAUUUCAA